AUGGAAUCAAAAGGUGUAAUUUACACAUCCAUGUUUAACAAGCUGUCAACCCUCUCACCGACGAAUCUUCAAAUAAUAAACGAAUCUCAUCUCCAUGCCCAUCAUCAAGCUAUGCAAGGAGUUUCAAGUAAAGAGACACAUUUUAGGAUUGAGAUAGUAUCUAAAGAUUUCGAAGGAAAAUCCUUGAUACAAAGACACAGGUUGAUAUAUCAGCUUCUGGAUGACGAGUUAAAAAAUGGCGUUCAUGCAUUAUCAAUAAAAGCCAAAACACCUGAAGAAAUUGGUGAAUAG